AUGUAUGCACAGGCGGAGGAGGAUCCCUUUGCACCCUUCUACUUUCAGCAGGAGAAGCAGGAGAUUUGUGGCCAGCUUGUGAGCCCCAUCACCGAUUGCUACGAAGAGAAAUAUCCCAGUGUGGUGGAUCGCUUUUUUACCCGCUACUACUAUAUCAAAUCGGAUGCUGCUUACCAGGUGCUCUACCACUCCAAUCGCAUUUGCCUCAUCUGUUUAGCGUCGACACAUCCGGCUUAUGGCGAAGGAAUUGCCUCAGUUAGUUAUGAUGUGGGAAAUGUGGAUCGCAGCCAGAAUGUGGUCAAGGGUAAGGCUAAAAAGGGCGGCAUGAUUUUGCAGGCGGACACAACGCUGGCGUUGUUAACAACCGAAACGGGCAAAGUGUACAAAAUUCCCAGUUGCAUACGGGGAAAGUUGGUGGAAGUGAACACUUCUCUCGUUGCGGAUGCCAAACAACUGGAAACGGUUCCUGAGGGUGCGGGAUACUUUGCCAUUUUGUUGCCCAAAAUCGAGAAUUGUGAUGAUAUCAAGGCCAGUCUACUAACACAGCAACAAUAUGAGGAGCAUUUGAGCAAAAUUGAAGUGCCAGCAACAUGAUUAAAUCAAACAAUUAUUAAUUAUAAGUAACAAUUUAUAAUAAAUAACUCAAAACAAGAAUAAAAUUAGCGCGGUUCACAAGAA